AUGAAUCAUCGAAAGGGCUUAGGGUCUCAAAAAUCGAACACAGAGCAAAGUAAUUCAGAAAGACAGAAGUCUCAAAUAAAUCGUCAUUUGGAAGGACAGAAGUCCAUACAGAGAUUGCAGAAGCAAGAAACUCCAGAACUCCAGUAUUCUAGAACAGAACCACAACGUUUAACACAGGCGGGACCAAUGGCUGCAAGUAGUCAAAGAGCUGCUCGAAAAACCGUUGCCGUUGCAGGCACACUUAUAACUAAACAGCUUGACCGUGUCCAAAGUCAUCACCAGCAUAAAGAAAAUACCGUCGUCCAUACAAAUACACCUGCUCUAGAAAGUCGAUCGCAGCGUAGCGACCAUCAAGGUCCGAUCUACACGGGAGACGUGAACUUGAUGUCCACAAUAGACACAAACAAGGAAAUAAUGUGUUGUAAAUAUACAGAAGAUACCCACUAUGUAGCUGCGGGAUUUACGGAUGGUGUCAUCAGAGUGUUUGAAUGUAGUACAGGAAAAUGCCGCCAAACUUUAAUAGACGAAGAGUGUCGAGCCUACCCGGGUCCCGUCACCGCAAUCAAACAUCGUCCUGUUGGCAAAGCUCACCCUAUCACCAAUACUAUAUUGGCUUCUUACGUAAACGGCUGUGUCAAAUGCUGGAAAUAUAAAUACGACACGUGCCUAUACACUAUAAGAGAAAAGCGGCAAACCUUGGGUUUAUCGUAUCACCCGCGAAAUCCUAAAUUCGUGACUUACGGUGAUGACUGUAAACUCAAUAUGUACGACGAGGAAGCGCAGACGCAAGAAAGGGCUUUUUACGGCAGCUCUACAAAAGAACCAGUAGAUGGACAUGUUUCAAGGGUAUAUGCUUGCGCUUUUAACCCUAAAUCGCACCAUGAAUUGAUAUCAGGGGGUUGGGAUGACACGGUAAUGUGUUGGGAUGACAGACAGCCGUUUGCAACGAAGCACUUUAAGGGGAUUCAUAUGUGUGGGGAAGGCUUGGACUUUGAUAAGCCUGGAAGACAGAUAUUAACGUGUUCUUGGCAAGAAAAAGAUUCAAUCCAGAUAUGGGACUACGGGUCUUGCAAGUUGAUAGACUCUAUCGUUCCUGAUAACCAUAUGUCCAAGCUCUAUUGCGGCAAGUUUGUGCCGCAGACCAACCUUUUAGUAUGCGGUGGUUCCGACAGCAACAUUAUUCGUGUCGUGGAUGUAGAUUUAAAGAUUACAGAAGCCUCGAUUCGUAAUAAUCCAGGAGAGGUGUACGCUUUUGACUUCGGCACAGUAAGGCGGAAACCACCCAAGGUGCCAGAAACCUAUAAGCGAAUCAGCGAGCUGCAAAGCGUUCCGCGCGUAGUCUUCGUCGCCGGCAAGCGCCUCGAGACCGUUGACUUCGGAUGA